CGUUAUUCUCCCCCAAAAUCUCAGCCGUCCAUCCCAAUUUCAUCUCCAAAUCCUCCAAUCAUAAUUGAAAGACUUCAACAAAAACUCUACACACCCCCAAUUGAUCAUUCCCCUCUCCGUCUCUUUCCGUCAAGCUUCAAUCAACAACAAUGGCGGCCCUCCAACAAACCCCAAUCUCACUCCAGUCCAAGCUUCCACCCUCCUCCACUUCGGCACGGAUGCCGAGGAACGUCUCUAUCAACCUCUCCUUCUCCUCCACCAUCUCCUCCCUCCGCCUCUCCUCCCACCAACUCCGCUCUCACGGAGGCGCCAAGAUGUCUGCCACCGCCGCCGGAAGCUAUGCCGCCGCAUUAGCCGAAGUGGCGAAAUCUAACAACACCAUGGAAUCGACCAGCGCCGACGUCGAUAAGAUCGAUAAAAUCUUCUCUGACCCUCAGGUUCUAGAAUUUUUCUCGAAUCCGACCGUGGAUGUCGAGAAGAAGCGACAGGUGCUCGACGAAAUUUCCAAUUCUUCGGCCCUCCAGCCCCACACCGCCAACUUCCUGAACAUCCUGGUGGACGCGAAGAGAAUAGACAUCAUAACGGAAAUCGUGAAGGAGUUCGAGAUGGUGUACAACAAGUUGACGGACACGGAGCUGGCGGUGGUGAGCUCGGUGGUGCCGCUGGAGUCGCAGCACCUGGCGCAAAUCGCGAAGCAGGUGCAGAAGCUGACGGGAGUAAAGAAUGUGAGGAUCAAGACCCUGAUUGACCCGAGCUUGGUGGCUGGGUUCACCAUUCGGUUCGGCGCUUCCGGGUCCAAGUUGAUUGACAUGAGCGUGAAGAAGCAGCUGGAGGAGAUUGCUGCUCAGCUGGAUUUGGGUGACAUUCAAUUGGCUCUGUGAGUUUGGAUUUUGUAAUUCAAUUGGUAAAUUCUUGAUGUUUGUCAAAUACAUUAUUACAUAUAAACUUGAAAAUUUUUAAUUUGUGUGGAGAAUUCGGAAGGAAUUUUGGAGAGCAA